AUGUUGCUGGGGUCAAAAUCCGGGAUGUCAACACCAAAACAAAGUAAACGGCCAGGUCAAGAUGCAACCCCUUUGUUGCCCACAUCAAGCCCUCAACAGCCUGCCCACAUUUCUUCUGACAGACCACAGCCGAUAGUUACAGGAAGGGAUAUAUCAAUCCUGCGCUCCUUAGAGGAAAUCAAACAGGAUCAGCAGGAGAUUAAGGCAAUGUUGGCCACAUUGAUCCAGCAAAUGCAUGGACAUGUAGGGGGCCAAGAACUUCCAGAAGGAAUCGUCCUUCCAGUGAAAAGGUUGGAAGAUGUUGAGGGCAUAGAACAAAGGCUAUGUGAUAAAGCCACAUUUCGGAUGUUGGUUGACUAUUUAUCCAAUGUUGGGGGGUCCUGUGUGAAACUCAUGACCAAGCGGCUAAUGGCGGGGGUUCUUGACAACCAGUUUGCCAAAGGUUUCAACUGGACCGGGCGUGGAAAGAUGUCUUUUCAGGCGCUGAAGCUGUGUUUGGCCAUUCUCCAAGCUGUCAAGCGAGUGUUUCCAAACACAACUACCAGUGAGACUGAGUUCUUCAUAAAAGAAUGGCUGAGAAAUGCAAGUGAUCGUGAGGGAGGGCGCAAAACCCGCACCAAGCCAUCUACGAUGGCAUCAGCCAUGGCUGAAGAAGAUUCGGAUCAUUAGAUCGGGGCUCGAAUCAUUCUACGUCAUUUUAUUGAUUAAACGGUUACUGCUGUGACCACUCGGCAAUCCGGACUGUUAUAAGCUUUUUAUACUUUAUUUAAUAAGUUAUCUAAAGGCAUUUACAAUAACUAGCUUCUUUGCAAAAUGUAAUGGAAUUAACAGAAACUAGGUAUACCUUUGGCAGUGGCAGAGUUAGCCCUGCCCUUUAAGACUCUUUAUAGUUCCAAAUGCAUAGUUUAGAUUUGAUUGUAGAUAAAAAGUGCAUUGUUUUACUAAUUGUGUAUAUGAACUUCAAUUGAUUGCCCUUAAUUCCUGUUUCAUGCAUGUUGUGUUUUAUACUUACAUACAGACGCUUUAUGUUAUAUAUGGUUUUCCAUAUUCCGAUGACAUCAUUUCUUCUGUUUUUCAAUAGUCCUGUGACAUCAUUUAUUCUGUUUUGUCCAUAUACCGAUGACAUAAUCAAUGUGUUUUUUUACUUGUCUGAUAACUUGUAUUCAAAGCAAAAUGCUUUAUUAUUAUAUCAUAUUCAAGAACAUUUAGUAUUGGUUGGAAUCCAACAACAUUAAGUAUUGGUUGGAUUCAGUUUUCAAAAUUCUUUGAUUAAUCAUGCAGAGACAAACGUGCCUGAUAAAUUAAUUUAGCAUGACGCAAUACGUGUAUUUUAAGUAUUAAGUAUAUGUAUUUAAUGCUUUCAUAUUUUCCACUUUGGUUGUGUUUUUAUUAUUUACUUUACGAGUUCAAACAAAAAUUAUAAUAUAAUUUCCAGUGACUAUAUAAUGCGAAUUUACAUUUAUUCAUGUGUUAGUAUGUAAAGGUUGUUUUUUUCAAACACGACACCAUCUGGACAUUGUAAUGAUUUGUCGGUUAAAUGUGUAAUGUAAAUGACAUCGUACUUUGUUAUCUCAGUACUAAAAAUUAACCUUCUUAAAAUGGUGUGCAACCUCUCAAGGAAACACAUUUUAGUAUAUUAAUAAAAGUAUGUUGACAAUAUUUUACCUUUUGAAUGUAUGUUACAAUUAAUAGGUGUAAUUUUGUAUACCCCCUUUCGAAGAAAAGGGGUAUAUAGUUUUCGCACUGUCCGUCGGUCAGUCAGUCGGUCGGUCGGUCAGUCUGUCACACUUUUCGUGUCCGCUCUCUAAUUCAAAAAGUUUUCAUUCGAUCUUUACCAAACUUGGUCAGAAGUUGUAUCUAGACAAUAUCUAGGUCGAGUUCGAAUAUGGGUCAUGCUUGGUCAAAAACUAGGUCACGGGGUCACUUAGUGCAUUUUAAGGAUUUAGCAUUGUGUCAGCUCUCUUAUUGAAGUAGUUUUCAUCCGAUCUUCACCAAAUUUGGUCAGAAGUUGUGUCUAAAUGAUUUCUAGGUCAUGUUUAAAUAUGGGUCAUGUCAGGUCAAAAACUAUGUCAUGGGGUGCCGGGUCAAAAACUACGUCACGUAGUCACUUAGUGCAUUUUAAGGAUUUAGCAUGGUGUCAGCUCUCUUAUUUUAAAGCAUGUUAGAUGAGCCUUUUUAUGCCGCCUUGAAAAAAAAGGGGGUAUAUUGUUUUUGGCCUGUCUAUCUGUUUGUCUGUCUGUCCAAAACUUUACCCAAUGUUAAAGUUUUUUCAUAACUUUUGCAAUAUUGAAGAUGGCAACUUCAUAUUUGGCAUGCAUGUGUAUCUCAUGGAGCUGCACAUUUUGAUUGGUGAAAGGUCAAGGUCAUUCUUCAAGGUCAAAGGUAAAAAAAAAUUAAAAAGCGGCGCAUUAGGGGGCAUUGUGUUUCUGACAAACACAUCUCUUGUUCAUAAUUCCUUGAUAUAAUGCAUAUACAAUCAUAAAAAUAAUUUAUUUCAGAUAGCAAAUAAAAUUACCAUUCCAUUGCAUGUACCAGCAUAUGUAUGUACACACUGUAUACUAUAUUUAGUAAUUUUGAACUUUCAACUAUACCUAUAUUUUAUGACGAGGAAGGUCAACAACAUGAUUAUAAAAAGUAUACGCAAAUA